GGGCGAAGGAGAUGGAGCUGGAGAAUAUCGACAUAGAGAAGGGCAAGCAAAACAACCCCUCUGAAUUUUUGAAUUUGUGGAUGCCCAAAAUGGAAACGCCGUCAACCAAAGGCGCCCUCGAGGCAAUACUCGAAGUGCUGUCCCAAGAGGUUGGUGGGGACGAAGAACGCAGAGAUGGGAGAAGGGCCCUAAGGAGAAUGUUGUUCUGGUGGAUUUUCAAUAGAAUCUCGGUGCUGUUGAGUUUGAUGACGUUGGCGAAAUUUACUCUCGUUCCCAGAAUGAGGAUGAAGAAGAUAAGGUGGUUGGAGAAUCCGUGUGCAUUUGACACCGGGAACCUACUACGAGGACUACAGUUUUAGACAGGCUAUACAGUACCACAAAUUUUCUCUAAUCCGGCCAUGCGCACGCUUGUUCAUGCCAAAACCAGUCGGUAGGUAGCAACUUGGAAGGUACCUAGGUCCACUUCGAACUUCCCAUCCUUGAAAAGAACUUCAUCGCCAUCGUCCUCCAACAGAUUCGUUUUGAACACCUUGCUUACAGCCCAUGUUGUCUCAACGAUCCCCCUCCCGCGUCCCCCUAACGCAUCAUACACACGAACGAUAACGCUUCUACCCACUUUCUUUGGCAAGUUAUCCGUGGUCACAUCCUCGUCAUCCUCACCCCGCUUCACGGUAUCAAGAAUCAAAUUAUCGUCUCCUUUCAACACAAUCGGAAAAAUAUUUAGACAUGACUCCUUCGUUGUAGAGACGAGCUUUAGUGGGUUAUUGAAAUUAAAAGCCGCCCGAACGGUCUCAGCACCCAG